AUGUGCAAAUUGAACUGCCAAGAUUUUUUACAGAUGCCCAAAAAAAGAUUAAUGGUCACAGAGAAGAUCUCUUACCAAGGAGGUUUACUUUCUAUAGUUGAGUUGGAGCGGACACAGGUUACUCGUACGACUAUAGAGCAAUUCUAUUACACAAGGUGUCCGGGACCUCUUUUUCUGACACUACAUAGCCAAAUGUAUUUUCAUUCCUCUAGCUCUAGGCAUGAGCAGUACGCAAGUAUGCGUUCUAAGCGACUCCACUCCAAGAGCCACCACUCUCUCUCCUCAAACACAUCUGGAGUCGACAGUGGCUACACCUCUUCAGCAUCCGGCACUCCAUCUCCAACCACAAGCGAGGCUCAUACAGAGGGUCACAUCAGUCGUCCAUCAAUCGACAGCCCUCCUUCAAUUCUCAGCAUCGUAACAGAAUCCAGUUUGGCCACAGAUACCACAUCAGCUACCUCUCCUAAAAAAAAGCUCAAUAGACCCAAAAAGGCUGCCUUACCACCUCGUCAUCCAGAUCUCGUUUAUUCUUGCCCACGACCCCUCGCCUUCCCGUUUCACAACGAUGGUCACUUUCUGCCUGUAGCAGAGGCCGAUCCCCGCGAUGUGGCCCGUAUCACUCCUUCCCGAGCCUUGCCCUCCAUAAAGUCCGGAAAAGCAUCGACCAUUGUCAGUGCGCCAUUCGACCACCAGAGCUCAUUUGGAUCGAUUCACUAUGAAGUCAAUGACUCUCGCAUCGAUACAGCCUCGAUAUCAAGCAGAUCGGCCUCAAUUCUCAGUUCAGUUCAGCGUGGCACCGUACGUUCGCUUCGUUCGCUUUUCCAGAUCCCAUCUACAAAUGAACAUGAGUGCACCACCCAUCCAGACCGUCUCCCCCGCCUUGAGAUCAAGCGUGGUACUGUUCAAACUUUGCGCGACCUAUUUGUCAAGCGCCAGACGACUCCUGUUACACCCUCUUAUCCUCACCAGGACGUUCACCACGCCACCUCAAAGACACCCUUUGUAUCUCAGCCAGGAUUCUCCAGCAGCGCAACUACACAAUCUUCUAAUUCUACUUCUGCUUCCAGACGCUUUAAAGAUCUCUUCAAUUUUCGCUCCUCGCAAAAGAUGACAAACCCCAAACCCCAAACACAAGCACAAGCACAAACCCAAACCCAAACCCAAACCCAAACAACACCUUCAAAGCCACCCGUCUCACGAUCGUCCGCUUUUGCUGCUAGAAAUUUCUGGGUCGGGCGCACAGACAACGAACGUUCAUCUAAAAAGACGGCUUCCGUUGCCCCUCUGCCUACUACACCUCACAACUAUCCAAAAGUUCCGACAACCCCGCCCACUGCAAAUCGACCCAUCGAAGUACAAGUCCCUAAGCAGAAGAAGACGAUCAAGUCUGAGAUCAAGAAACUCUUUUCACGGAAAGAAUCUCCCGCACCAGUACCCGCCCCAACCGAAGCACAAAUUAAACCGUCUGUCGCAUUACCCGAAGCUGUAGCAACACCUGCACCACGUCGGUCCUUUUUCCCAACUCUUAAACGUGACAAUUCUGUAGCGCCAAGACCACAAGAACCCGUCAAGCCAAAGCAAGUCACAGCAGAGCCCGUACAACCACAACCUACCCAGGCACCCUUAACCGUAGGACGUAUGUGGAAGAGCUUCAAAAAGCUGAUAGGCAAGAAGUCAUCGCGCGUUGGAGUCAUUUAAACACACAAAAUCUACCAGCUCUUUUAUAUGCCAAAUUACUGUAACUCUAUGCACCCGCUUUCUUUUUCUUAUUUAUAUGCCCACUGCGACUAUUGUUCGUCUAUACCCAACCCUUACCCAUCAUUCAUGAGCACUUUAAUUAAUAGUCUACUCCCCCUGUACAGCAUCCCACAGGCAUUGCUGGUUCAAUUGUCUCCCUUUUUACGGCACUGUUGAUACAGCAUAAUAACACUUAUUGGUCUUAUACAUAUCCCCAUC